CUCCCGUGCUUCCAGUUCUGCGCCAACGACCCGGAGACCUUCGUGCAGGCGUGCAAGCUGGCCGCGCCCCUUUGCGAUGCCGUCGACCUCAACCUCGGCUGCCCCCAGGCCAUAGCCCGGCGCGGCCACUACGGCGCCUUCCUUCAGGACGAGUGGGACCUCCUGAAGACUAUGAUGACACGAGCAUCCUCCGAGGUGGACCUUCCCAUCACGGCCAAGAUCCGAGUGUUCGAGGACCAGGCCAGGACGGUGGAGUACGCGAAGAUGCUGGAGCGUGCGGGGGCCUCUCUCCUCACCGUCCACGGCCGCACGCGAGACCAGAAGGGGCCGCUGACGGGGCUGGCUUCGUGGUCCCAGAUUAAAGCCGUGAAGGAUGCCGUGAGUGUGCCAGUGUUCGCGAACGGCAACAUCCAGUACCUGUCCGACGUUGAGCGGUGUCUGCAGGAGACGGGCGUGGACGGGAUCAUGAGCGCGGAGGGCAACCUGUACAACCCCGCCCUGUACACGGGUCGGCAGCCGCCCGCUUGGGACAUGGCGCUGGAGUACCUUGAGCUCGCCCUCAAGUACCCGUGUCCCACCAGCUACGCCCGGGGACACCUCUUCAAGCUCUUCCAUCACUGCCUGUGCAUGCCGGAGAACUUCGACCUGCGGCAUCGACUCUCCAAGACGUCGACGCUGGAGGAAAUGGUCGUGGUGUCCCAGGACCUGCGAGAUCGGAUGACGCCCUACCACACCGGGGAGAAGCCGUGGGAACCGGACCCAGAGAGCGACCAGGCCAAGCUGCCCUCCCCCCCGUGGGUGUGUCAGCCCUACGUCCGCAUUCCGCCCGAGGAGCACCUCAAGAAGAUUAAGGAGAGCCAGCGGCGGGCGCAGGAGAAGCGGCAGCAGGAGGAGACGGAGGAGGACAGUGAAGGGAGCGGCGGCGCCAGCGGAGGCGGCGAGGGCGGCAAGAGGCCGAUCGGCGAGGACUCCGGGGAGGCCGACCUCUCUAAGAAGAAGAAGAAGAAGAUGAGCAGGAACCCGAGGAAGUCCUUCGACCCGCCGGGGGACGUCUACGAGAAGUGCAUCUGCAAAAACCCGAAGGGUGGGCGCUGUGUGCAUAACAUGUGCCGUGCCUGUUGCCGCGUGAAGUGCUACACAGAGGGCCUGGACUGCCCCGGGCAUCGCAUCCUCGUCAAGACCAAGCGAGAGAAAGCAGCCAUCUACUACGGUCAGCUGGCGAAGCUCAAGUAGGAGGAGAAUCUGCAGCAGCAGGAGGCCUCAGGACAAUCUGACGAAGUACAAAAUGAGUGUGAGAAGAAUGGCGUAGUUGAAAAGGAGGGCGAGCAAGGGGAGAAAGAGAAAGAGAAAGAAAACGCGACUGGAGCGGAGAUAGAAAACGGGUACGAAAAUAAGAAAGAAAACGGCGGUUUUGACCCCGAGGAAUCAAAGAAAACGGAGGCGGAGGACAUGUCGAAGCACCAACCACUCCAGAAUCUACCUCAAGAAACUCAUGAAGUUCAAAGCAAUACAUGCAACACUUGACAUAAUGGGAAGUACAUGUAAGAUAAAAUAAAAUGUUUCUUUGCAAUAAACUUUUUAAUAUUU